UUUUAUUUUUUUUGUACUUCUAGAUGUCGUGGUGUCCGCCAUCAGAGCGUUAAUGGAGUUACUCGAAGAGCUGUUGACUUUGUAUAGUUUAUGAUUUUACGAAAUAAUAGAAAACCUUUACGUGAACGUGCACAGGUUAUAUAAAACAGUUCAGAGCUGAAAGGACUAGGAAAAGUUGUAACUUACAGAACCAUGCACGGUUAUAAUGAGAUAAAUAAUUAGCAGUGUGAUUAAGAGCACACAAGCUGUAAAUACAGUUUUUUUUUCUUUUUUAAAUGGUAUGUUUGAUUGUUUUAGUGCUCAAUUUGAUCUUUAAGUAGAGUCACAGCCUAUAGCUGUUAGUUAUAGUUACUAGUUGUUGUUGCUGUUGUUGUUGUUGUUGCUGUUUGUAUCAAACUACAAUCUUAAACCUUUAUAUUUUAAUUGGAUCCUGGUGUCAUUUCCAAAAGAGCCUGUGGAGACGGACCUAAGUGAUCACAUGCUGGUCAGAUCUGACAUUCCUGCUGUGGGCACACACCAGAUGUGUGUGUGUUGUGUGUUGGGGUUCAUUUAGAUGUUCUCUAGCUAAAACACCACUUUACAAUGUGUACCACUGUUAGAGUUUCUUGUUUUCCUGAAAUGGAUCUGAGUUUUUACUAAGAAUGUCCAGAUUGUGCUAAAACUCAAAUUUGCACAACACUGAAGAGAAAGAGAGAGAGAGAGAGAUGGCCGACAUCAGGACAUAUAAUGUGGUGAUUCUGGGAAUAGCUUUUUUACUCCUUUUUACAGCCUUCACAACCUGUGGCAAUAUAGAACAAACUGUGGUGAAAAGUCUGAAUAAUGCUACUUUCAGUGGAAGUGGGUAUCACAGCCUUGGCAUAAUAUAUGGAGUUUUUUCGUUUGCUAAUUUAUUUGCCCCCUCCGUGGUAGCGGUAAUCGGACCACAGUUUACCAUGUUCGUCAGUGGAAUUCUUUACAGUGGUUACAUAGCUGUUUUUAUUACUCCAUCAACCUGGUCCUUUUAUUUGACCUCAGUACUGAUUGGGAUGGGAGCAGCCUUGCUUUGGACGGCUCAAGGUCGCUUUCUGGUGGGGAAUUCGGAUGUCUCCACCAUUAACAGGAACACAGCAGUGUUUUGGGCUUUGUUGCAAUGCAGUAUGUUGUUCGGCAAUCUUUAUGUUUAUAUAGACUGGAAAGGAAAAACUGACAUAUCAGAUAGAGACAGAAAGACGAUGUUUAUAGCUCUUCUGGUCACCUCUGUUCUUGGAACGCUAAGUUUCCUCUUUCUGUGCAAGUCGAGUCAGGAUGAGGAAGAAGAUAUUCUGUCUGAAGAGGAAGGCCAGUCCUUGCUGUCGUCCCGACUAACAUUGAAACAGCGAGCCAGCUGUGCCAUAAAAGAGGCCAAAACAGAUUUCAAGACAAUUUUGAACCUUUUUGGCACAAAAACGAUAUUACUGUUAAGCUUCUCCAUGGCUUACAGUGGUCUGGAGCUGUCUUUUUACAGUGGUGUGUAUGGAACUUGCAUUGGAGCGACAACUCGUUUUGGUGACAGCUCCAAAGCCUUGAUAGGAAUUUCAGGCAUUGCGGUGGGAAUCGGAGAGAUAGUUGGUGGAGGGCUGUUUGGCCUUGUGUUGAAGAACAACCACUUCAGACGCACAUCAGUUGUCUUCCUUGGAAUGGUGGUGCAUUUUGUGGCAUUCUACCUGAUCUUUCUCAACAUCCCAAAUGAUGCUCCACUGGUCUUUGAAACCAGCACACAGCACAACCCUUAUCUGUCUCCAAGCAUGCCCAUCGCCAUGCUGUGCAGUUUCCUGCUCGGGCUUGGGGACAGCUGUUUCAACACCCAGCUGUACAGCAUUCUGGGUUGUGUUUACACUGAACAAAGCAUUCCAGCCUUUGCUAUCUUCAAGUUUAUUCAGUCUGUCUUUGCAGCAGUGGCAUUUUUCUACAGUGGCUACCUGCUGCUGAGCUGGCAGCUCCUCACCAUGGUCAUCCUGGGCUUCAUGGGCACACUGUGCUUCUUUCUGGUGGAGCGGAUGCUGAGCGUCUCAGCCGAUCUUUCACAAUACUAACUCUUCUCAUUACACCAUUGUCCAUUCAGGUUCUGUAUUUGCAAUCAUGCUAAACAUGCACUGCAUUUGCACUCUUUGUCAUGCUCCCACUACUAGCAUUUAGCAAUAAUAUAGUCUUAUGUCUAAUGAGCACUAACACAUUUGUGGUGUUUGACCAUUGCCCACAGUAGUGUUGGUUGAACAUGUCGUAUUGCUAAUUGUUAUGAGAACAACUGACAAUCUUGUAAUUAACAUUUUAUCGUUUAUUGCAUGUGAUCAUUUUAGCAAACUUAGCUGUCAUUGGUUCCAGAGGUUUCAUGGCAGAUUGAUCUGUUGUUGUUGUUGUUGUUAUUGUUGUUAUUAUUAUUAUUAUUAUUAUUUAAAUACUCAUUGAGAUGCUCUGCUUGAUUAGUCACAAUUCAAUUUAUGAUUCACUUAAAAUAUAUGGUAUUAAGAGAUGUAAACAGUCAUUUUAUUGGUAGGAAAAUUGGUAAAAAUACACUGUAUGGCUAAAUGUAUGUGGACACCUGACUAUCACACCCAUAUGUGCUUGUUAAACAUCCCAUUCCAGAUUUAGUCCUCGCUUUAAGUUUAUAAUAAGCUCCAGUCUUCUGGGAAGGCUUUCCAAUAGAUUUUGGAGCUUGUCUGUGGGGAUUUGUGUUGAUUCAGCUACAAGAGCUUUAGUGAGAUUGAGGUCAAGUACUGAUGUUGGAUGAGGAGGCUCCAGUUCCAGCUCAUCCCAAAGGUGUUCAGUUGGGUAGAGGUCAGUUCUUCUACUCCAACCUUAACACACCUCGUAUUCGUGGAUGGGAAAUUGUAAUGCAAUAGCAUGCAAAGACAAUUGUAUGUUUCCAACAUUCUGGCAACAGCUUAGGGAAGUCCCACAUAUGCAUGUGAUAGACAGAUGUCCAUAUACUUUUGGCCAUACAGUGUAUGUUUUCUCCUUACUAUAUGUUUAAUUGGUUUUGAGGUAAAUUACUAAGCUUGCGAGGCAUAAUCAACAGAGAACCGUUAAGAUCAACAGGAAAUUGCAUUUUACAUUUUGUAACUAUUUGCACAACUUUCAAUUUCAUGUGAAAAGUUACACAUGCUGCAGUUAGAGGCCUUGUUAUGACUUCAUUUACAACUUCCUGAGUUCAUUUAUGUACAACCAAGUUGAAUCCAACCACAAAACUCCUGCAAAUUUGUACGGACUUCUCAAAGAAAAAGAGUUACAAAAUCAAUAAGGUGUGCAAGAUACUGUCCUAACAUGCACUAAGAACAUUAGUUUGAAUAUUAUAUGAAUAUUAGUUUCUUACUAUAAUUAAGUGUUAUUGGUGUCUCAUUUUCUGGGUUGCUGUUAGUUCAGUAUGAUUCAGACCAGUAGUUGGCUCUGCUGUGUACUUGGUAUAGUAUGAUUGAGAUUUUGGUGUUCAUAACCUGUUGGAUGCCUGUCUUUGUCUUCAUUUUUCUUAUUUAUUAAUCAAAAUAGGUUUACUUUUAUCUUCCGGUUGUUAAAAAAUAAACAUAUGGGGUAUUGGAUAUUGGGGAGUGGGCCUUAUUAAUAAUGUUAGACACUAAUUUUCUCUUUGUGAAGGAUUCAUUGCAUAGAUUUUUGUGUUUUUGAGUUUGAUGCACAAGGAUGAGCACAUUAUAAUUUCAGAGAGCUGUUCAGAUUUUUUUCUGUAAUUUUUCCAGAAUAUUUUGUCAUGCUUGUACAUAUGCUGUGUGUAUGAAUUUGAUGCAUAAGAGAGAUGGUUGUUAUGUUUACAUAUCCAGCCAAUGUUUUACUCUUUAAUGAUUUUCAAAAAUUGUUUAAAGACAGCGGUUUUGUUUUGAAGAGUGCCUUAUAAUAUGAGUAUCAGCAAUUGAUAUGCAGUGUUGUGAGCUACCAAAUACAAAAAUGUGUAGUAUUGAUGUAUAAUAUUGCCCUGGAUGACUUGGUCACAUGUUUCCAGCUCCAUAUUGCACCAGAAUAUAACAUAAUCCAGUAUUCCAGUGUAUUAAAAUUUUUUAUUCAUUUUA